AUGACUGAGGGAGCAUCAUUGAAAGAACAACUAUUAGACGCAUCCAGGAGGAACAAUCUUGAUUUGUUGAACAGCAUAAUUGAGAAGAUUGGUUCUAAUCAGCAAGAACUUCAAGAUUUGAUAAACAAUUCUAAGGACCCAUUUGGAAACACGGCAAUCCAUUUAUGCAGCAAGCAUGGUUCAUGGGAUGUGUUGGAUACACUUUUAGACCAAGAAGGAGUCGAUAUAAAUCAAGAAAACACGAUUGAUGGUGAUACUCCACUCCACCUAUGUGUUAGAUACUCCCAUGAAGAACCCGAACAUGGUACAUUCAUUGCUGAGAAUUUGAUCGAAGUCGGAGCGGAUCCCAGAAAGAGGAACAAACAGGGGAAAACUCCUUUGGAUCUUGUUCAUAGUACUGAACUAGAACCCUUGGUUAAUCUUUUACAGGGUGCAGAAAUUGCAGCAGACAAUAAGGGUAAAUUAAUGAAUGAAGAGGACGCGGAAGAAUUUGAUGAUGGUCCCGAGGACGAUUAG